AUGCCGCCGCGGAAGCCACUGACGGCGCUGCUGAAGUCGGCGACGCGGCCGGUGCACCUGCUCCAGCUCCACGCCCUGAUGCUGAAAUGCUCCCACUUCCCGCACCACGCGUUCCCCACAGCCAGGCUUCUCGCCUCCCCGCUCGCGCCGCUCCCCUACGCGCUCUCCCUCUUCGCCGCCGUCCCGCGGCCCACGCUCUUCCACCACACUGCCGUCCUCCGCGCGCUUUCCUCGUGCCCCUCCGUGGCCUCCCUUUCCGCUGACGCCGAGGCAGCUUCGGUUGGCAAGCAGGUGCACGCGCUCGUGCUGCGGUACGGGUUCCUGGACGUUGUGAGCCUGCGGAAUGUGCUGUGCCACUUUUACUGCAGCAGUGGGAACAUGGCGGACUCGCGGAGGAUGUUCGAGGAAAUGCCUGAGAAGGACGCUGUGUCGUGGAACACGGUGAUUGGGGGCUAUGUCAGGGUAGAGGAUGUGGGCACAGCUUUGCAGAUGUUCACCGCGAUGAGGUGGUCUGGAGUGGAUGUCAACGUGACGGCAGUGAUCACCUUGAUUGGGUGUGGCUGGCAAGGGGAGUCAGUGCAUGGCUUAUGUGUUAAGACAGGGCUCUGCGACGAUGUGAAGAUUGCAGCAGCAAUGAUGGGGAUGUAUGUGAGGGAGGGCAGCGUUGAGUGUGCAAAUAAGGUGUUUCAUGAGACCACUAGACGAGACUUGGUGCUGUGUAAUUGUAUGGUGGAUGGCUAUGCAAAGGCAGGGCAGAUUCGUGAGGCGAUGGACUUGAUUGAUGGAAUGAGACAGCACGGGAUGAGACCUAGUUCAGGGACGCUUGUGGGUGUUCUCUCUGCGUGUGGAACAUCUGGGGCAUUGGCAGCCGGUCAUUCUGUCCAUGAGCUUGCUGAAGAUGCACGGCUUGAGAUUGACAGCACGCUUGGGACAGCGCUCAUGGACAUGUACUUCAAGUGUGGGUGCCCCAGCGAGGCAGCUGCAGUCUUCGAUGCAAUACGAAAUAGGGACGUGAAGGCAUGGACAGCGAUGAUCAUGGGAUUCGGAGUUAAUGGGCAGCCAGGCUCAACCAUCACCUUGUUCUACAGGAUGGAGGAAGACGGUGUGUUUCCUAAUGACGUCACCUUCCUAGCCCUGCUAACUGCUUGUAACCAUGGCGGGUUGGUGCAGGAAGCGAAAGAAUUCCUUGAGACAAUGGCACGGCGAUACAGAUUGUCUCCAAGCCCCGAGCACUACAGCUGCGUCAUUGAUCUCCUGGGAAGAGCAGGGCGCCUAUACGAAGCCUAUGAGCUCAUACAAAGCGUGUCAUCCCAGGGUGAUGCUACUGCAUGGAGAGCGUUGCUUGCAGCCUGCAGAGUGUAUGGCAAUGUGAAGCUGGGGAGGAUGGUGCAGGAAUAG